GUAUUGAGAGUACUGACCUGAAACAGGAGGAAGCCUCUUGCCAACAUGGAUCAGAGGAAACCUGCGAUUUGUCUCUGCACACUCUUGUGCUUCUCAUGGAUUCUCUCUUUGGUUGCAGUUCCUCUUCCUGCAGGAAAACUUGAUUUAAGGAACCAAAAAAUAUCAGUAAUGAAAGUGGCAGGUCAGGUGAUCACUAGAAAGAUACUGAUCAAUGAGAAAGCUAUUGCGGAUCGGAGAAUGGACAUUGAACUCAAUGACUACCCAGUAUCAGGUGCAAACAACCGCCAUGAUCCCAAGAGUCCUGGAAAACCCUAGCUUUCAAUCCAUCGAAGCUUUUGUAGCAAUACCAGCCAUUAUACUCUAGCAAGCAGAAUCCUGCAAGAUCUUUGUAGAAGUAUUUAUUGUCCUGAAUCUACCUGUACCAGAUCAGUAUCUAGCUUUUGUAGAACUAUUAAAGAGAAAACAAGAACAGUAGCUUCUAGUCGA